AUGACUACACCACAUCCUCAUAUUCAAGUUACACGUUUAUCAAGAAUGGGACGUCGUCGAUCUCAAUCUGUCACAUUACCAAAUGCGAAUGUACGAGGACAAAGUAUGCGACGAAAAGACUUUUUGGCACAGCUAAAAAAAGAACGACUCAAACAACAGAAUAAAUAUAAUGAAGAAGACGAACAUGAAGGAAACCAACAGAAACAUAGUGAAGAACAAAACCAUCAACCGAGUGUUAGUCAACUAGCAAAGUCAGCUAUGACAAUGUCAAUGAAGAGAUAUCCACCCCCAUCAGCUGUUACUGUUACUAAAGUGAAGAGAGGAAUAUCACCGGGAACAUUGAAUUUUAUGUACUUACAAGAUGAUGAGCAAAAUCAAGGACAACAUGGACAAACUAAUCGAAUGCAACAUUUCGAAUCAACAACGUCAUUUGAAAAACAUAAUCUAACAACACUAAGUAAGACUUUUGAAUAUCAGUGCAUGGAAAAUAUAUUCAAAACUCGAUAUCUUAAUUUAACUAUAGCACGUAAUCAUUCGAAUCUUGGCUCAUUAGAAACAUCUAUGAAUCCUUCGACAACAUCAUCUACUCAUUUAAUGGCAAAAUCUGAAAUAUUUGAUGAAAAGUCCUUCGUCACUGAUAAUAAAGAUCAAGCACGGCGAAACGGUGUGAAAGAUGAUCCACAUAAAAAUGUUUUGAAAAAUGAUGCAAUUGUCAAUCUAAAUGAACGAGAAAAAAACCAGAAUGUUCAGCGUAACAAAUUCUACAAGAGCUCUAGUGCAAGCUUUAUGACUGCCAUCAUUGCUAUAGUUAUUGGUGUCGUUGCUUUUGCCUUUGGCUUGAGUGCAUUAAUAGUUGCUCUACUUGUUCGAGCAACUGUUGAGUCGAAAUUAGCAUCCAAUUCAACAUCGAGCUCAUCGUCAGAAAGUAAUGGAAUUUUACCAAAUGCAUGUUCGGCUUAUACAACUAUUGAUGAUCCUACACGAAGUAUAUCAGCGCCAGGUUAUGCACUUGGCUGUGAUAAUACAGCACCAUUUAGUAAUCAAUCAAUUGGAGUUUGGAUAAGAUUUAUAGGUACAGGUGGUAGUACGCUACCGUUAUCAAGUCCUGGUAUGAAUUUGUGUGGUUCUACUGGCACUGGUUGGUAUGCUGGUUCAAUGCCAUCUUCAACAGGACAGAUUACAAAUGCAUCUUCCGAUCCAGCUUUAGAUCAACACAGAGAAGCAGCAAAUGUUGUAUCGGAUACCAGUAUCGUUAAUAUCAAUCAAAAUGUUAUUAAUGAUAAACAUAUCGAUACUAAUUCACAAACAUCUAGUUUACAUGCACCAGUUCCAGUACCGACUGGAUUUACAACAUCACUGAAUAUCAGUUACUACAAAUAUCAAGUUAAUCUUUCUGAUCACGAAUAUCAUUGUCCUGAAUCUCAGAAAUGUGAUUCUGAAUUUAAAUGUCAAAAUUUUGAUUUUUUUCAAAUUUCUGUGGGGAGAUACAAGAAUUAA